GUUUGGCUUCCCCAACUUCCUGUCCCUCAUGUUAUUUGCAGUGGUGGACUUUGUGUCGUCAGACCUGGAGGAUGUUGCCCAGAAGUGUUCCCUGUCUUACAAGGCGCUGGUUGCAGUGAGGCGUGUGCUCCUGGCCCAGUUCUCUGCCUUCCCCACCAACGGAGCAGACCUCUAUGAGGAGCUCAAGCGCUCCACGGCCAUCCUGCCCACUGGGAUCCCAAGCCUGGACCAGCUGCUGGACUCCGGGCUGUACACAGGGGAAGUGACAGAGCUCAUGGGAUCACCGGGCAGUGGGAAGACGCAGGUGUGCCUGGGCAUCGCGGCCAGUGUGUCUCUUGGCCUGAAGCAGCACGUCCUGUUUCUCGACUCCACGGCAGGGUUCACCGCCUCCCGUCUCUACCAGAUGCUUCAAUCCCAGGCAGAGGAUGAGAAAGAGCAGCUAGAGGCUCUGCAGCGGAUCCAGGUGGUCCGUGUGUUUGACAUCUAUGAAAUGCUGAGCGCCUUGCAGGAGCUGCAGGAUCGCCUCUCCCAGCAGGUUGUGAGCUCCACGGGACCUGUCAAGGUCGUGGUGAUCGACUCGGUCUCGGCUGUGAUUUACCCACUGCUGGGCAGCAAGCAGUCGGAGGGCUUGGCCAUCAUGAUGCAGCUGGCUAGGGAGCUGAAGACACUGGCCAGGGAGUUCAGCCUCGCUGUUGUGGUCACUAACCAGGUGACAAGGGACAGCAGCACCGGUCUACUGAAGCCAGCCCUCGGUCGCACCUGGAGUUUCGUGCCCAGCACCCGAGUGCUGCUGGAGAGCAAAGAAGCCACCUGGGAGAAAGCCACCACGAAGCGUGUCGCUUCCUUGGCAAAGUCACCCCGGCAGCCGACGGGGAUAGAGGUGGAGCUGGAUAUUGGAAAUGGUGAUGUGCGGGAGCCGAGCCCAGCGACACCCACGCAGGAGCUCUGA